AUGGAGAAUCUUCAUGAGGAGCUAGUUACGGAAAUACUGUAUCGAUUACCCGUUGAUUCAAUUUUACAGUGCAUCCAGGUAUGCAAGACUUGGCGAACUCUGGUACGUAAUACUUUCUUUGUCAAUAAGCACUAUCUUCACCAAUUACGAAUACUCCUUCAUGAACAACAACUUGAUGUCGAUAACUUAUUGGAUCAUCAUAAUACUAGAAGCAACAUUACUCUAGGUCAGAUUUUCUUGAUUGAGAAAAGAGGCUUCAGAAUUCAGUAUGUCGAUGAAAACUAUGAUUACGAGAAGAAUAAUAUUUUUGGUCAUGAUCAUCUUCUUCAGCCGUUUGACCACUUUUACAAGAAACUGCUUGCAACUAUCAGGGAUUCUAGGGUUCAACGUAAAUAUAGUGACUAUUUUCUCUAUCCGAUUGGAUCGUGCAACGGUGUGUUAUGUUUUUUGCUAAUGUACAAGUCCUUUGAAGAGGUUCCCUUCUCGUUGUUGACAUAUCCUUUGUUUGUCUGUAAUCCUAUUACCGGGGAAUACGUCAAUCUCCCAAGAUGUGGUGUAAAGGAGAAAGACUUCCCCAUUGGGAUUAGGUGUGGAAUUGGUUAUGAUUAUUCUAACAAUGUGUACAAGGUAGUUGUUGCAUUACACAACAUGCAUGAACUUGAAUCACAGCCUAAUCGUGUACAGGUGUACACUCUUGGUGAUGUCAAUGGUUGGAGGAAUAUAAAAAUUCCAUUUGAUUUAUCAGGAAGGUGUAUUCAUAUAGACGGGACAUUUUUUUGGCUCGACGAUGAGCGGUGCAAUAUCGUUGCUUUUGAUUUGACAGAUGAAGUUUUUGAACUGCUCCCGAAACCACCUUUCUGCACCCCUAACAACACUUAUUACAGCAAGCUGCACAUAUUAAGGAAGGGUUUGUGUGUUGUUCUUGAACAUAACCCAAACUUGGAGAUUUGGUUGGUAAAGAAGAAGAAGAAUUUGCAGCUGCAUAACAGUGGUACCGGAGAGAGAACAGAUUGUUGGAGUUGGAUGAAGGAGUUAUCUAUGUCGUGGAAAGAGCUAGGGCUAUUCAGCAUGACCUGGGAUUUACUACCGGUCACUGUUUUAAAAAAUGGUCAAGUCCUAAUUUGGGAUUAUAAAAAGAAGGCAUUAUUUCUUUUCGACAAGAGAACUUCAACUGUGAAAGAGGUCAUAGAUGAUGAUGUUCUUCAAGUGGGGUAUUUCCGUUCACUGCCUCACAUUAACAGCUUUGUUUCACUAAAAUCCUUGGGAAUGAAGUCAAAGUGGAUUUGA